AUGGUGGCGCGCAGGAGGAAGCGCGCGGCGCGGGACCCGGAGGAUCGUAUCCUCAGCCCACCGGGCUACGCAGCUAUUCCAACUGCCCUCUGAAAGCAGCAGGCUUCUCACUACCUCUAUGUGAAAGCACAUGGCGUUCGACAAGGCACCAAGUCCACCUGGCCUCAGAAGAGGACUCUUUUUGUCCUCAAUGUGCCCCCAUACUGCACAGAGGAGAGCCUGUCUCGCCUCCUGUCCUCCGCAGGCUUCGCCCAGUCUGUAGAGUUGCAGGAGAAGCCGGACCUGGCCGAGAGCCCAAAGGAGUCAAGGUCGUGUUUAUCCUGCCGGCUCCGGAGCACUGUUCUCAUGGCUUUCCCAGUGGGCCCUGGAGCCUACACCUCCUCCCCACACAGUGGCAUCUGGCAUGGGUUCCAGGUAGCCUAUGUGGUGUUCCAGAAGCCAAGUGGGGUGUCAGCGGCCUUGGCCCUGAAGGGCCCCCUGCUGGUGUCCACAGAGAGCCACCCUGUGAAGAGUGGCAUUCAAGCAGUUAGUACCGCGGGGAGUGGAUCAGUGAUCACGCAGACUCCAUACCUGACCCCUGGAGGCCCUGAGGAUGGAAGUGGACACGUCUAUGGGAGGCGAGACCAGAAGAUCGCUGAGGUAGAGGCUCCGCAGGGUCGGGCCGAGCACCGCAUCGCCCGUGGCUCUAAGGCCAAGAGGAGAGGGGGUCCUGACGAGGAGGGCUGGGUGAAGGUGACUCGCCGGGCCGCGGCCCGUGCUCCUCGGACUGAAGCGUUUCAGCCGCUGCGGGUGCUGGAGAGGAGACGGAAGGGCUACCCGAAAGGAGCUGCUCAACUUCUAUGCCUGGCAGCACCGGAGAGCAAGAUGAGCCCUGCCACUGACCUGGCCACCCGGCACCAGAGUUACCAUCGCCAUUCACCAGCACUAGGAUCUAGCGCAGCUGGGCAAGGUCAGAGGAUAAGCAGGAGGAUUGAGCUGCUGCGGGCCCAGCGCAAAUUCCGACUCCUACUGAGCUGCGAGAGCCGCAGGGGAUGGCUGGAGGUGCGGCCUGAGGAACAUGAGACAGGCAGGCUCGCAGCCAUCUCCGAGAGGCCGAGGCCUGGGAAACGGGCUCCCAGGUUGAGGCCACCCUGGCCCAGCAGCCCCAUGAGGGUCCACACAGGCCAGGAGUGA